AUGAACGAUCCAGCAUUCGCGGCGGAACUACGGAAUCUAGGUGUUGUUGACGCUUCUUUGGCUGAAGAUCCCAAAUCAGCUCUCUCUAGGUCUCGGCUGCUGAAAGCUGCCCCAUCGAUAGAUGAAGAUUACCUUAUCGACGCGUUCGAUGAGUCCGACUCCGAGGGGAAAUCCAACCAUCUUACGACCGUAAUGUCGAGCGGAUCGCUGCAUUCAAUUUCUUCUGUGCCAGAGAUGGAAAAACUUGCUGUGCCUGUUAGGUAUGCGAGUGCUAGAGGUAAUGUGGAGACUGACCAUAUCGCCGAGCUCACUGCAAAACUACAGAAAGCACGAGAGACGGCGUUGACGCUGAAGCGGAAGGGUGACAUUCAAGGUGCGCUGGACGCGAUGCGACGAGCGAAACAGAUCCAAAACCUCAUUGAUCUAAAGCAGCACGCAGCUGAUAAUGCAAACACAAUGAACUCGGCACAAAACCUCGCUACCGCUGCUAAAUUUCAGGAGCUAGAACAACUGCUGAUUGACUUUGGUAACAGAGCGAUGACGCUGGCAAAGGAAAAUCUGUCAGUUAAUCGGAGAGAAGCAUCGGAGUGGUUGGCAAAGCGUAAGCGUUAUGCUGUCGAGCUAGAGAAGCUACGGAAAAGCAGACAAAACUCACUGCAGCUGCCACCACGUUACGAAAUUGUCAAAACGUUUCGUCAAGUGGAAUAUGAGCUGCCCUUUAUCGCAGAUGACCAGGUGAAGGUCUCUGUGAAAAGUGUAACUGGGCUGUCCCAGGUGGCAGGCAAACCCGUGUUCGUCAAGUUUUGCCUCAAUUUUCCAUCCACAACGCCGCACGAGGGGCAAACUGCAGACUUCCAGAUUACUCAGGACGCUCGAUUUGUCACGAAAAUCUCUUCAGGCCAGACGGAUUUUGUCUUCGAGCUGGCCAGAUCACGAGGAACGAUGCGUCUUUUGGAGAUAAAGAAAGCCAUUUUCGAAGUAUGGAAGCCGGGAACGUUAUUUCGCAAUCCUGAACUCGUUGCUCGGGCUUAUCAAGAACUGACACCUCUGCUGACUUGCUGCGAAGUAAACACUCAUCUUCCUUUCCUCGGAUUAAACCGAAAACCCUGUGGAGGGGAUAUCGAGAUCGCUAUCCAAAUGCGUCGCCCGCUUAAGGAGAAAGAAUUCCGUCAGGAAACUGUCGAGGAUCUGGUCAUUGGGGAUUAUCCUGAACCUAUGAUUACUUCUUCGGAACAGCUUACCAUCCCAAGCGAGAAACUUGCUUCUAUCACUGCAAAGAUGGACGAUCCGCACCAUCUCGAUCUGAUAGUGAGCUACGAUGUUAUCAAUGAAGAGCUCGAAAAGGUGGGGGCAAAACUACCGUCAUUAACAGGACCCACUGCGCUUGAGUGGAACGAUCGAUACGAUUCUCUCGCAUUGAAGAAGCAGUUGUUGGAAAUCGAGAUGCAGACGGGGAAGCUGACCUUGGACAUGUAUGUCGAGCGUCUUCACAAACGCAUAGCUGAAGACCGUACUUUGAUAUCAAAGCUUCUCGCAUCAAAUCGUCGACUGGAUGCUGCGCGGGUUCUUCACCGUGUUAAGACCAUGGAAAAGGAACUCGUGGGUGCUGGUGGCGACUCAGCAGGAUCGUGA